UGAUAGGAUCCACACAACCAAGAUAUGACCACCGUUUGCAAAUGCCAUAUACCAAUGCGGUUAUACAUGAAAUCCAAAGAUUUGCCAAUAUUUGCCUAUGAAUUUGCCCCAAUAUACUACUAAAGAUGUGAACUUUAAAGGAUAUUUUAUUCCAAAAGGAAUUACUAUUGUCCCAUUACUGUACUCAGUUCUUCGUGAUAAAACUCAGUUUGCCGAACCAGAAAAGUUUAAUCCAAAUUAUUUUCUGGAUGCACAUGGGAACUUUGUAAAAAAGGACGCUUUUAUGCCAUUUUCUGCAGGUCGCAGAGUUUGCGCCGGUGAAACUCCAGCAAGAAUGGAGCACUUUUUGUUUUUUACAAGUCUUCUACAAAAAUUUCACUUUUGUCUACCUUCUGGCGUUAUUGAUGUUGAUCUCACCCCUGGAGUUGGAAUUCUGACACCUCCUUUCCCAUAUAAGAUGUGCGCAAUACCAAGAGCUUAA